AUGUUCACCUUACUCCCACUUGCGGCUCUAGCGUUGGCCGGAUCAUCAUUAGCAGCGACUACAUGUAAUGGACAUGCUGAGCUCUGUUCAAGACAGUAUUCAAAUGUCACUUUUAUCGGUGCACACGACAGUUAUGCUGUUGGCGAUAGCAUAGCUGAUAAUCAAGAUAAAGAUGUUACAGACCAAUUGAAUGAUGGGAUAAGGACUUUACAACUUCAAGCACACAACGCUUCUGACGGUGUCCAUCUCUGUCAUACCUCAUGUGCUUUACUGGACGGUGGAUUAUUAUCGGAUUAUCUGGGAAAAGUCGUAUCAUGGGUAUCUUCCAAUCCUAAUGAUGUCGUAACGAUAAUAUUAACGAAUCCCGAAAACCUGCCCGUGUCAACAUAUUCACCCAUUUUAUCAUCAUCAGGAAUCGAAACUUAUCUAUACCAACCCUCUUCAUCAUCAUUGGCAUUGAGCGAUUGGCCAACAUUGGGAGAAUUGGUCGAUCAAAAGAAAACCGUAGUCGCAUUCUUGGAUUUCGAAGCUGAUUUUUCAACUGAACCCGGUUUGAUUGAUGAGUUCAGUAAUAUGUGGGAAGAUGCUUAUGACGUUACGGACGCUUCAUUUCAAUGUGCAGUCAACCGGACUUCAGGUUCAGCAAGCUCGCAAAUGUACAUGAUCAACCAUUUCUUAGAUACUACAUACGCUUUUGGCGGUACAUCGUUCUUCGUACCUAACAAAGAUGCCUUGAACACUACGAAUGCGGAAAGUGGUGAUGGUAGUAUUGGAUAUCACGUAGGUAAUUGUGUGCAAUUAUGGGGACGGAACCCCAACCACAUCCUGUUAGACUUCUACGACACAACAUCCAACGUACCCUUCAACGUAGCGGCAUCUCUUAAUGGUGUUUCUCAACCUACGAACACUGUCACAGCUGGAGAUGCUACCACGAGUACCACUAGCGGAUCAACAGCUAAAGUCUCAACGUCAAACUUAAGUUCUUCAGCUGUAGGUAGUUUCGAUGGUGCAAAGAAUGGUUUCAUUUUAGCUUUGGGUAUUGUGGGUGCUGGUACUGUCGGGUUGAGUAAGGUCUUCAUGUAA